AUGCCUGAAGGUAAACAACAAGAGAGCGGCAGCAACAGUGCUGCCGAUUCUUCGUCCGGUAAGGCCAAUACCGGAGCAGCAGCACCAGCAGUUGCAGCCGUAGCAGGUGAAGGAAGCGCUCCAAAGGACGCUACUCCUCAAGGAACUGGGUCCUCUGGAUCUUCCGUUGCCACUGAUGCUCCAGGUGCUCCAGCCGCUGCCAGCACUGGCGCCAGUACUUCUUCAGGUGAAGUCGCUGGUUCAGCUGUAGCAGGUUCCACUACUGGACACCAACAAUCAUCGGCUCCCCACCAUCAACAAGGUGGUGCUCCACAUCACCAGUACAACAACUACUACACCAACAGCAAUCCUGGAAAGCCAUACAACAACAAGCAGUACAACAACAGUAAUGGUAGACAAAACAACUAUAAUAACAACAACGGCGGUGUCGCUCCAGGAGGAAACAGUAAUAGACAGCAUUAUAACAAUAAUAAUACCGGUAGAAAGGGUUCUGUGUACAGCAACCAACAGAAGUUAAACCACAACUCUCAGAGCCAGUACAACGCCUACAACCAAUACCCGCAGAAUAUGUACCAAUAUGCUUACUAUGGGAACCCGUACGGAUACAAUGCUCAAAUGGUUCCAGGAAUGCCUCCUGUGCAAGCAUACACUCAAGCACAGGCUCAACUCCUGCUGCCUCAACCUGCUCAUGCUCAAACUACUCAACAGCAACACCCUCCUUCAUUCACAUCAAGUAAGAUUAAGAUCACUGACAAGGAUGGUAAGCAAAUUGAUUUAGAAGACAAGAAGAAGCAGAGCCAGGCAAGUACCCCAGUUUCUUCUCCAGCACAAGCAGCUGCCACUCCGGUUUCCAGUGCGACUAGCACAACAACCACUACUCCAAAGGCUACUAAUGCUAGUGUUGCUGAAGCUCCAGCCAAGGUUGCUUCUCCUGCUAUUUCUGCUUCUUCUCCUGUUGUUGCCGCUGCAGCUACUACCUCAGUUCCUGCUGCAGGUGCCGGUUCUUCAGCUCCAGCAGCUUCUGCCAAAUUAUCUAUUGCCGAAGAGUUCAAAAGAAAGAUUCAAGAAAGAGCAGCCAAGGCUGCUCAAGCUCAAAAGAAGCCAGAGGCCAAGGAAGAACCAAGUGUUGAAGCUGCAGUUGUAGAGCCAAAGGCUGAAACUAAGGCUGAAACUAAGGUUGAAACUAAGGCUGAAGUCAAGGUCGAAGAACCAAAGGUUGAGCCACCUAAAGAAGAACCAAAGGUUGUCGAAGAGGUCAAGGUAGAAGAACCAAAGGUCAUUCAAGAAACCAAGCCUGAAGAGCCUAAGAUUGAAGAAGCUCAAGCUGAACCAAAAGAAGAGGCCAAGGAAGUACAGGACGAAAUAAAACCAGAAGAAUCUAAAAUAGAAACCACUGAGUCUGAGUCUGAAAACAAAGAUCAAUCUGAAUCUAAUGCUAUAACUUCCAUUCACGAUACCAAGGAUGAUGCUGACACCACUCUUGACGGAGACACCACCGAAGAAUCUAAUGAAGCUGACGUUUCUACUGAAACCUUAGUUGAAGAUGAUGGUUUUACUCUUUCCAAUUUUUUUGCAAUGGUUUCUGAGGCUCUGCCAAUCAAAGAUCCAUUUUCUCAUGUAUAUCCGGAAGGAAUUCAAGGUCCUGAUUCCAAAUGGAAACUCGAAUCCAAUAACUAUAGAUACGAUCCGGUUUUCUUGAUGCAAUUCAGAGAUGUUACUAAUGUUACAGUUGACAUCGAAUGGAAGAACAAAUUGGAAAGUUUGGGUAUCACUGGAAACAAGAACAGAGGAGGUUCAAACCAAUCAUCAAGAGGUGGAAACCAAAUGGGUAAAUUUGGUAAUAAUAACAAUAACUCAAUGGGUGGUAAUAGAUUUAACAACGGUCCAUUAUCAAGAGGUGGACAAUUCAAUGAUGGUAGACAAAAUUCCAGAAAUGGAUCUAAGAGAAGAGGUGGAAGCAGUGGAGGUCCAAGGGACAAGUCUACUAGAAAGGGUCAAUCUAAGAGAGGUAGAGACUCUAAGGAUGGAAAGGAAGAACCUUCUAAGCCUGUUGAAGAAGUUAAACCAUUGGUAAAGUCUGAAAACAGAUGGAUGCCAAGAUCAAGAGCAAAGAAGACUGAAGUUAAUUUAGCUCCAGAUGGAUCUGAAAUCUUAGAAACUGAAGAUAUCGAAAGAAAGGUGAAAUCAUUAUUGAACAAGUUGACUUUAGAAAUGUUUGAACAAAUCACUGACGACAUUAUGAAGAUUGCUAAUCAAUCCAAAUGGGAAGAAGACGCAAAGACUGUAAGACAAAUAAUAUCGUUAACAUUUGCUAAGGCUUGUGAUGAACCAUAUUGGUCUUCCAUGUAUGCUCAAUUCUGUGCCAAGAUGUGUAAGGAAAUGUCAGAUGAGAUUAAAGAUGUUAGCAUUAUUAAGAAUGGUGAAAUUGUCAGUGGUGGUGACUUAGCUAGAAGAAUAUUGUUGGCCACUUGUCAAGUUGAAUACGAAAAGGGUUGGACUGAUAAAUUACCUACAAAUGAAGAUGGUUCGCCAUUAGAACCAGAAAUGAUGUCUGAUGAAUACUAUGUAAUGGCUGCUGCCAAGAGAAGAGGUCUUGGUUUAGUCAAGUUUAUUGGUCACUUAUAUAUCUUGAAUAUGUUGAACGAUCAAGUUAUUUUACUUUGUUUAAGGGAUCAAUCUUCUAACACUGAAGAUCCAUCGGAGGAUAGGUUAGAAAACUUGGCUCAAUUGAUCAAGACUGUUGGUGCCAGAUUGGAAGCCAAAGAAAAAACUAAAGCUGCAUUAAAUUUCGUUUUCGAUAACGUUCAAACUAUCUUAGAGACCUGUAAACUUGCAUCAAGAAUUAAGUUCAUGUUGAUGGACUUGAUCGAUUUAAGAAACGCCAACUGGGUGUCUGCAAAGAGUGAAAGUGGACCAAAGACCAUUCAAGAAAUUCACGACGAGGCUGAAUUAAAGAAAUUUGAAGACGAGAAGGCAAACGCUGAAAGAAGAAGAAAGAAUAAAAUGAAUGACUCAAGAUCUAACUCAUCUAGGGCUGGUUCUACUUGGGGUUCAAUGAAUAAUAAGAAAGACUUAAGAACACCUCCACAGAAGGAUUCUCGUGGUUUCACAUCUGUUUCUAGAGCUCAAUCUAGUAGACAAAAUCUUGCAUCUGAAUCAAACUCUGCUCAUUUAUCUCCAAGAGAUAACUCAAAGAGAACAGAUUCUAUUCAAUCUGCCGCAAACAUAUUUGCGGCAUUGGGAGAUGGUGAAGGUGAAGAAGAAGAUCACGAAGACGAAGCCGAAGCCGAAACUCCCGAUGUUGAGGCUGAAACUGAAGCUGACGUUGAAAAUACCGAAGAAAAAGAGGAAGAAGCAGAUGUAUAA